UGGCUUAAGCAUCAUGUUUGCGAUCGUUGUACCAAGCGCCCUUCGCUGGCUCUUGAUCCACAGACUGGGCAGGGCACCGGUGCGGGCACGGCUGCGACAGAGGACAAAUGCGAAGAUUCGAUGAAAGUCGACCAGAGCACAACGUUAGCAAAGGCAAGGGCAGCGGCAAAAGCGACUGCCACGAUGGGUAUGACUGCCAGCGGCACAACUGCAUGUUUUACCACCCUUGGGGACGAGCUAUUGACGCAGCCACUGUCCCGACACCUCAGCCCUCUGCGAGUGCAGCAGCAAGAGGGACGUCCAGGAGGCGUGCUGGAUCAAUGCCAAGAUUUGACAGCGAGUCUGGCCCGGGCAAAGGCAAAGGUGGAGGAAAGAGUGAAUGCAGAGAUGGGUAUGAGUGCCAACGGCACACUUGCUGGUUUUAUCAUCCUGUGGGCAGAGCAGUUGACGUAGCUUCACCACAGGUGAGUGCUGCAGCAAGGGGGACAUCCACAAGACGUGCAGGAUCAAACGUCAGAUUUGACAAUGAGUCUGGCCCAAACAAAGGCAAGGGCGGAGGCAAAAGUGAAUGUCGAGAUGGGUAUGAGUGCCAACGGCACGCUUGCUGGUUUUAUCAUCCUGUGGGCAGAGCAGUUGACGUAGCUUCACCACAGGUGAGUGCUGCAGCAAGAGGGACAUCCACAAGACGUGCAGGAUCAAUGGUCAGAUUUGACAAUGAGUCUGGCCCAAACAAAGGCAAGGGCGGAGGCAAAAGUGAAUGUCGAGAUGGGUAUGAGUGCCAACGCCACAACUGCACAUUUGUCCAUCCUGUCGGACGGGCGAUUGAUACAGCAUCUCAGCCCUCAGCGAGUGCAGCAGCAAGAGGGACGUCCAGGAGGCGUUCUGGAUCAAUGGACAGAUUCGACAGCGAGUCUGGCCCGGGCAAAGGCAAAGGUGGAGGAAAGAGUGAAUGCAGAGAUGGGUAUGAGUGCCAACGGCACACUUGCUGGUUUUAUCAUCCUGUGGGCAGAGCAGUUGACGUAGCUUCACCACAGGUGAGUGCUGCAGCAAGGGGGACAUCCACAAGACGUGCAGGAUCAAUGGUCAGAUUUGACAAUGGGUCUGGCCCAAACAAAGGCAAGGGCGGAGGCAAAAGUGAAUGUCGAGAUGGGUAUGAGUGCCAACGCCACAACUGCACAUUUGUCCAUCCUGUCGGACGGGCGAUUGAUACAGCAUCUCAGCCCUCAGCGAGUGCAGCAGCAAGAGGGACGUCCAGGAGGCGUGCUGGAUCAAUGGACAGAUUUGAUGAGAACGAGUCUCCUCCACCGACCGGCAUUGCUGCGCGUGUCAAUCACACAGGCCAGGCAGGAUUUCCGCCGAGGAGUCGAGUUGUGGCUUCUUUGGACUUGAGUCAAGAGUGUCGUCAACAACUGCUUGAUGGCAUGAUGUAUCACCUGGCAUUCUUCCUGCAAAGGUUUGAAGUCACCGGCCGAGUGGUCGGUGCCAAGCUGGAGCUGGUGAGCUAUCGAGGUGAUCCAGAUGUCCACGUCUUGACAGAUGAACUCCAGCUGGAGAUUGCGCGCUUGUCUUCACUUCGCGUGGAGCUGAAUGACAGUGUGCCCUUCGCGCAGUCCUUGGCGGGUCGCCUUAUCGGCGCCCAAGGCGCUGUCAUCCGAAUGCUCAGCCGCGACCUGGGUGUGCAGAUCGAAGUGGAGAACUCCCCGGGCCGCUCCUUGGACGGGGAGGCCAAGGCCUGGAUUACCGGAGCGCCGGAGGCCAUGGAAUCCGCCAGGCUGCUGCUGGAAAACCACCUGAUCUCCUUCAGCAGCACGCCGCCCUCAUUUGCAGAGGCCGAGAAGCAACUGGCAGCCGAGAGCCGCGAGUCGGUGCACAUCUUCGUGGACAACAGCAACAUCGCCAUCGGCUGCCAACUGCUGCCCACCGGCGUCCGGGACUUCUCGCAGCGACUCAACAUCCAAAAGUUUACCUCGGCGGUGGCCGGCUUUAGGAGGCAAUGCCGCAAGGUGGUGGUGGGAUCCAAGCCACCGGCGAAUCACCGCAUCUGGGAAGUCUGGCGUCGGUAUGGGUACCAGGUCCUUACGGAGUUCAGGGACCCGGAGACCAAUCGCGAGCAGUUCGUGGACAGCCGCAUGGUGGCGGAGGCACUGAUGCACGUGCUGCAGCCAUUGGGCGGCGGCGCCAAUGUGCUGGUGCUGGCCACUGGGGAUGGGAAUCUGGAGAACCAGGAGCCCGGCACUGCAGGGGCCAACUUUCAGAACUUGGUGAACACCAUCUCCAGUGGCCGCGCUGGGCCUUGGACGGUGGAGGUCUGGUGCUGGCGCGCCUCCUGCCAUGCGGUGUACAAGCGCAUGGCGCAGCAAAAUCGCAUCCGCCUUUGCUACCUGGACGGCCUGCGGAAGUACGUUACCAUGACUUCUCGGCAAGCCGUGUUUGCUGGUGCGACGGCGGCAGCCGCGGUCGUUGAAGAGGAGGAGGCAGACGUGUGUGUCCAGUGCUUGACGGCGGAGCCCACCCACUGCUUCCUUCCCUGUCGUCACCAGAUUCUUUGCGGCAGCUGCGCCCAGCAGACGCUCCCUCAUCGGGACCGGCCACCCUUGGGCAGUUGCUUUGUGUGCCGCGUGCCGUGGCAAGACAUCGUGGAGGUUCGGUGAAAGCCUGGACCUUCGACCCUGCGCUCCUGCAAAACCUUGUCUUCUGAGGCCGACUUCAGCGCUUUGCUGAUGACUUCCUGGCGCCGGCGUCGCUGUGC